AUGAAUAACAAUGGAGGAAAUGCAAAUAACCCCAAUAUGUGGGGUAUGCCAAAUAAUAAUUUAGGGAAUAACAGUUUUUUUGGUACUAAUAUGAAUAGUCAAAAUGGUUUAAAUGAAAAUAAUAACAAUAGCUUAAAUAAUCAAACAAACAUGACUGGGAAUAAUAUGUUUUUUGGAGCGAGUGUAAACAAUCAAAAUAAUAAUAUUUUUGAAAAUAAUAUGAAUUCUCAAAAUAAUGUUGGCAAAAGUGAUAAUUCUAUUUUUGGAACUCCAUCAAAUGAUCUUAAUAAAAGCAACAAUACUAGCUUAUUUGGUAGCCUUUCUUCAAACACUUCUGUAAAUAACAAUACGACAAAUGCUUUUAAUGCAAACUUAUUUAAUGCCGCAAAAAAGGAUGUAUAUCCUGGAUUUACAAGAAGUUUAUUAGGGAAUUCACCAAAUAAUAGUUCUAAUAUAUUUAAGCAAAGCACACUAGGUAGUUCAAUAGCAUUAGGAAGCCAAUUAAAUGAAGAUAGAGGAUCCGAAUCAGGGGGGUUAUUUUCAAAGGAACAAUUAGAAGCAGCUAAGCAAAUAUUUGCAAAUUCAUCUUCAGGAAAUUUAUCAAGCUUUAAUAAUAAAACGAAUAAUAAUAAGUUAACAUUUAGUGGAGGUUUUUCAUCAAGUUCUAGUGCGUUUUCAAAAAAUAAUAUAAACCCUUUUCAGAGUAUGGCUAUGCAAGCAACUAAUCAAAAUGAUAAAUCAUCACUUAUGAAUAAUAAUAUGAACAAAUUAUUUUUUGGUGAUACAAAUAAUAAUAAUAUUAAUGGUGGUGGAAAAAUAAACCCAUUUGGUAUGCCUACCGUGAACAAUUUAACUUCACCAAAUAAAUUAAAUGAAAUUGGUCCAGGUGGAUUUAGUCAAGCUAUUAAGUCAUUUAAUCCAAAUACUAAUAGUUUGUUUUCAUCACAAACCAAUACCGGUUCUACUGCUUCCACUAGUUUUAAUAAUAAUGAUAGUUCUCAGAAAUCCCUUUUUUCAAAUUUUGGUGGCGGCUUUAACUCAUUUGCAAAGACAAACACAAAUGAUAUUUUUAAAAAAAAUACUACAGAAAAUGCUACUAAUAAUAAUAAUACAAAUACCUCAUUUUCCUUUUUGCCAUCUUUUAAUGGUUCAAAAAAUAAUGAUAAUUCAUUCUCUUUAAAUUCAUUCAAUGCAACAAAUAAUGAAAAAUCAAGUGGCAGUUUGUUCAGUUUUAAUAAUAAUAAUACUAACACAGCAUCACCAGAUUUUUCAUUAUUUUCUAAUAAUAAUAUAAAUAAAACCACAACACCAGAUAAUUCAAUUAAUAGCAGUAUUAAUAAAGAUGCUGAAAAUAAGGCAAUUGAAAAAUCUAAUCAAAACAUAGGAGAAAGUAAAGAUUCAGGAAUAACAAGCGUAGUUAGUGAAUCCUUUAAAGCUAACGAUGCUAGUGGAACAGAUAAAUCAAUUUUUUCUAAAGAAACUGAAGCGGAAAAGGACAAAGAAAAGGCUGGUGACAAAAACGAACAAAAUGACAACGAUAAGGAAAAAGAUGAAACCAAAGAAACAAAUGUUACCCUUGAAAUUAAAAAGGAUGAAAAUGAUUCAACCAAAAAUCAUGAUGAAAAGUUAAUAGAUCAUAAAAGCGAAUCAAAAGAAAACCAAAAUAAUGAAAAUGAAAAAGAUGAUAAAAAUGAUGAUAAAAAAUAUGAAACUUCAGACAAUGCUAAAGAUAAUAAAGAUGGCACUAAUAAUGAUAAGAUGUCACUUUUUGGAAAAAGCUUAACAUUUAACUCUUCAUUUUUUAAAACGAGCACAGCCAAUUUGACUGAUAAAAAAAGUAAUUUAGAAUCAUCUAGCAGUUUAAACAACGAUACAGAAAAUAAAAAGGAAAAAACUGGAUUUUUCUUUGGAAAUGACGAUAAAAAUGAAAAUACAAAUACUAGUACUGAAUCAAAAUGGGAUUUCUCAAAAUUUGGAAAUAAUAAUUUAUUUAACAAAGAAAAGGAGUCAUUUUCCUUCAGUUUUAAGGAAACUAGUACUACUGACAAAAAAAAUGAAUCUACAAAUUUAAAAGAUAAUAAAAAAGAGGAAGAUACCAAACCUUCAGUAUCUACAGAAUCAAAAGAUAAAAAUAAAGAAGCUACCGCUACACCAAAAAAAUCAAUAUUCAAUUUUGGAAUUAAAUCGAAUUUUUUAAACCAAAGCUCAAAAGAUAGUAAAGAUGACAACAUAAAUGAAAGCAAUAAAGAGAAGGAUAACGAGAAGCCGACUAAAGGAGCUGAAACUGACGAAACAGAUGCAGACGGAACUAAGGAUCACAAUACUACAGGAGUGUAUAGUAAAUUAGAUUCAAAUGAUGUUGGUGAUAAAAAAAAAAUUUGGAAACUUUCUUUUACAAAGAAAAAGGAUCAAACUUCUACAGAUGCACAAAAAGAAUUGAAAGAAAAUGAAUUAAAAAACAACAACUUGCUUAAUAAAGGUCCAUCUCUGCAACCAAGCGAUAUAACACUAGGAAAAGGAAGCUUGUUUGGAAGUUUUACUAAAGAUAAUGAAAAAAAAAAUGAAGAUACAAAAAAUACAAAAAGUGAUCACUUUUCAAAUAUUAAUUCUUUUGGGAAGAAUAAUACAAGCAUAAGUUUUAAUCAAAGUAGUUUAUUUGGAAAACCUGAUGAAAAAGGUAAUACGUUAUUUUCAUCAAGUAAUAACACUUUCCAAUUUUUUAAUUCUUCUCAAAAUGAUAAAAAAAAAACUGAAUUUCAAACAAAAACUCAAAAUAUACCAGAGAUUAAAAAUAACCAAAAUGCUGACGAUGAAGAUGUAAAUAAUGUAAGUAAUUUAAUAAAUUUUAUAUCUUUAGAAGAUAGGAAAAAAAAUGUAUAUAUAAAUAAUAAUGCACAAUGUGAUGACGAAAAUCAUGAAAAAACGUACAUUUCGUCAAACUUGAAAUCUAACAAUAAUAAUGAAACAUCACAUCGUUCACAAACUGCUAAUUUCCAAUUAAAAGAAACAAAAGGAACUCUUCGGAUGGAUAAUAAUGAUGAUUAUGCCGAUUUUAAUGACAUUGAUUUUAUAAAUGGACAACAAAAUCUAGAAAUUAAUAUGGAACACCAAAGACAGUUAGAAAAUGAUAGGAAAAGCGUAGAAAAUAAUAUUAAAACAAACGAAUGUUUUUUAAAAAAAAAUUUAGAUCAAGAAAUGGCUGUUGAUGUUAUUAAUAAUUUAUCAUCUUUUGUUAAAAAUAAAAUUAAUUUUAUGAAUUAUUGUUCUAAUGAAAUCUUAGAUAUAUAUAAUAAAGUAUCUCAUUAUGAAAAAAUGUAUGCAUUAAUAUCAGAAGAUCAAAUCAAAAUUGAAAAAAAACAGGAGUCAUUAGAAAAAAGAUUAAGACUUAUACAAAGUGAGCAAUGUGAUAUGCUUUCUUUACUUAAUGAACUCGAUAAUGAAAAUUCUUUAACUUUUUUAAAAGUUCUUAAUCAAAAAAAUUUAAAUAAAGACGACAGUAUAAAUAAUAAAAAUCUUUAUCUUGACAUUGAUAAAUUUGAAAAAUUAGCUGAUAAAAUAGAGAACUUAGAAGAACUAAUAGAUUCUAUACAUAACACUUCCAAACAUGACAUAGUAAAUGAUCUAGUUAAUAAAUGUUAUACAAAUGAAAUCAAUUGUGAACAAAUAGAGAAACAACUUAAUGGUUAUUCUCACGAGCUUAGAAAUAUGAAGUAA